UGUGUGCAUAUAUAUAUAUAUAUAUUCUGAAUUAGAUUCUUCAAGUCAAUCAAUCAAUGGAGGAGACGAGGAAGUUCGUGUGCAAGUUCUGCAACAAGAGAUUCCCCAGUGGGAAGUCUCUGGGUGGUCACAUUAGAACCCAUAUGAAUCAACAUUCAAGCAAUAAGGCCAUUGCUGAUUCUAGAAAGCUCGAAAGCAAUGAUGUUGAUGAUGCUGAGAGAAAGAAGAGGAGGAAGAGAGAUUUAAGCUCAUCAGAUUAUGGCCUCAGAGAGAAUCCCAGAAAAACGAAGAGGUUUGUUCAUAAUCAUCCCUUCUUCACUUUACAUCAUAAGGAGAAGUUCUGCAGAGAAUGUGGGAAAGGAUUUUCUUCUUUGAAAGCUCUAUGUGGUCACAUGGCGUGUCACACUGAAAAAGUAGAGAAGCAGAAAUUUGCAACGAUGGAUGAAGCUCAAUCUGAUGCUGAAACUUCUGAUCCAGAUGAUUUGAAGAGAACAAGGUUCAUGACCCUUAACAAUAAUAACCCAACUUCUUCUGCGUCGGGGGUUGAACAAGAAGAAGAAGGAGUAGAAGAGGUGGCUACUUGCUUGAUAUUGUUGUCCAAGGGUUUUUAUAGCCACAAAGGUCGUUUUGAUUUGGACAAAGAGUCUAAUUCUGAUAACUAUUCUGCAAUUUUAGCGGGCAAAGCCAAAUCACACUCUGUUGAUGCCAGAAUUGGUGUAGAUGAUGCUCAGAAUAAGGUUAAGAACUCUGUUUAUAAUGCUUCUGAGAUUGUGAAGGUGGGAAAGGACAAGAUGAAGCUGAAGUUUUCAGAUUCUGGGUAUUCCAGAUAUGGUUCAAAAAAGGAAGAUUCAAAUGUUUCGAUUCAUGGGGUUUUCAGGAAUGAUGUUUUUAAUCGACCAAAAGUGGAAGAUGGGUAUGGAUUUAAGGAUUAUGAUGAUGUCUUUGAUGAACCGAGGAAGAUGAUGAUCAACAACAGAUGCUACAGGAGCAGAAACGAUGAGUCCAAAAAACUAGUGUUGGGAAAUUCAGACAAAUUCGAUUAUUCAUUUAACAGUGCCAAACAAGAGUAUCCUGGUAACAAUUUGGAUGAUCAAGUUUCCUACAAGAAGAAGAAGAAAACUAGUUUUCCUAAUCAUGAAGUCUACAACAAAGACUCAUAUGACUCAGAAUCAUCAUAUGCUAGUGCUGAGAAAAGCACAGACAGUACUGAUUCUGAUUCUUUUCCUUGUUCUUAUCAGAAGCCUAAGAGCAGUAACAAGGCCAAGAAGAAAGUGAUGAAGAAGUCAAAGAAAACAAAGGAGCAUGAGUGCCCAAUCUGCAACAGAACUUUUAGGUCAGGCCAGGCCUUGGGAGGUCACAAAAGGUCCCAUUUCGUAGGUGGAUUUGAAGAAAACAACAACAGUGGAUUAAUAGUCCGACAAGAAUCUUUGUCUCCUUCUGGUUCUCCUUCUCCUUCUCCUGCUCCUGCUGUUGUUCCUUGCCUGAUUGAUCUUAAUCUACCUGCUCCUCCUGACGAAUAGGGUAAUUUUUCAU